ACCAGCUCCGCUAAAAGAUUGGGCGCCUUCAGCUGUCUCAACCGACACAUUCUCACGACCCUGGCACACAUUGCGCCAUGCCUUCCCUCCGUGUCUUCGUGAACCACCACAGACAAUAAUCCUUCAUCAACAUUCCCUCUGCUAGGCAAUUGCGUUUCAACCCGCGGGCGGCGUAUUCUAUCUAUGCCUAUUAGCCUUUAUUGACUCUCAACGCUGCAGAAUCAUGUCUUCCUCUGCUUCAGUCACCGCCACCACCCUCCCCAGCCCCUUCCUCCGCAAGGCCGCCAUCCUCUCCUUCCUGCCCGCGCUCCCUCUCUGCGUCACCCACGGCGCCCUCUCCGCCGAUGUUGUCCCUGCUGUGGGGCUUGUGCCGCUCUGUUUCUCCGCCGGCGUCUCGCUCUUCCUGUUGAUCAGGGCUUCUCAGCAGUGCAGGCGCAAAGGGAAGCAAAGGGCUGGGAGCGGCGUUUCGGAUCCCGAGGGGUUGCUUGGCGGUGGUGAUGACGACGACGCUGGGAGUACCAGUGUAGUAGUAGGCGGCGCUGCUCCCCGCCACAUCGGUUUCGAGCCGGAUGUCGAGGAGCGUGGUGACGACGUGGAGGAUGAGGACGAGGGAGAGCCGGCGUCGGUGCUGACACAUCGGAUCUUGGUGUUUGUCGUCGAUGUGAUCCUCGCAGCGGCGUUGAUGGUCGUGCUGGUCUUUACGUGGAUUCGGACGGAACGAGCUAGGAAUAAGAGUCCUCAGCUGGCGAUGCUCGCGGCGUAUGGCACCGUGCCAUUGCUGGUCAACUUCUUGAUCCACCUGUACCUUGCCGUACGCGAGUUUGUUGCCGGCUUGGCUAUCCCGGGCCUGGUCGAGCACACAGCAUGGCGAUUGGUUCCGGCGGACUGCCCGCACUGCGGGAACCGGCUACGGCCGGACUCACUGCCGCCUAUUCCGUGGUAUGAAGCUGUCGGUAGGCCAAAGGUAUCGCUCUCCUCAGUUUCUCGGCCAUCGCUGCCAUCCUUCAGCGCACCUAAGUUUACCUGGCUGAAGGGCCGCCGCGAGUGGAAGGUGCCCAACUGGUUGAGAGGCCAAAGCGAAGAAUACGCCAGUCUAUUCGUGGACGACCAGCAGAACGAACGCGAUCGGUACAGGGAUGAUCCAGACGGGACGUUGGGUGAACCCUCACGCACUACGACGGUCGUUGCCACCGGAUCUGCAGACCCCGUCCCUGUCGUAGAGGAAGUGGUGGUGGGAAAGAAGGAUAAGAAAGGGAAGCCUGGCUCUGGUGCCUUGUUUGCAGAGGAGGAGACUUCAUGGUCAUGAGCGGCGGGUGCCUAGAAACCUCUCUAGCCAUUCCCUACUACUCCUUAUUCCGAGCCUCGAGGUCUCGUUGAAGCUGCAGGCCGUGAAGAGUCAGGCUUGUACGGCCCCCCAGCUUUUUCGGUUGCUGUUGUCCAAGUAUUAGAUACCCAAGCCAUUUGUUCACUUUGGUAGAUGAUAGCAACUUGUUUGCUCAGCGCCACGAUCCUUUAUAUCCAGAAAGUAAACGCUAGAACCCGCCGUGACGACUCAGCGGACCAAGGAUGGAAGGACUAACUGGAAUGCGCCGAACAAGUUACCCCGCUCUGGACCAUCCAGAUGC